AUGUCUCGCAUCAUCUCUUCGAUUUUAUCAAAUUUGAAGGGUUCUUGUCCAAAAUUGGCAUCAACUUCUUCGCCGGGCAGUCAUCAACGAUCAUCAUCCACACUAACAGAACAGCAGCAGCAGUCGCAAGAAUCAUUAGAUAUUUCCCCUUCAGGAUCGGCUGGUACUUCAGGACAACAACAACAACCACCACCACCAACAACACUGCCUUUGUUGCUUUAUCAACAGCCACAACAACAACAACAAACUGAAGAAUCUAAACAUUUACCGCCGUCCUACGAUCACCGGUAUCAUCAUAAUCCCCGCUCAUCGUACCAACAUCAACACCACCACCACCAGCAGCAGCAUCAUUCAGCAUCGUCUAGCAGCGCUGGUUCUGGUUAUCCCUACGAAUUUGGUACAACUAAAAACGGUACCAACAACAACAAUAAUAACAACAACAGCAGCAGCGGCACCAGCAACAAUUCUACAAUGUUCGCCCAGACUAGCAGCAGCAGCAGCAAUGCCGAACGCAAUGGUUCCACAGAUAAUGGUGGUGCAACCACCAGCAAUGGUGGGGUCGGCGGCAGCGGCAGCAACAAUGAACCAGUUGUCGAUCGUCUAAAAUUACUUUAUCCGAAUGUCAACGAAAACGAAACACCAUUGCCACGUUGCUGGAGUCCACACGAUAAAUGUUUGUCAAUUGGUUUGUCGCAGAAUAAUUUGCGGGUCCAUUUUAAAGGUAAACAAAAUAAUGAUGCAGCUUCUGUUCGCACAGCCCAUCCAAUACCACCCGCUUGUGGCAUCUAUUAUUUCGAAGUGAAAAUUAUAUCUAAGGGCAAAAAUGGUUACAUGGGCAUUGGUUUGACAGCUCAACAGUUUCGUAUGAAUCGUUUGCCAGGUUGGGAUAAACAAUCGUAUGGUUAUCAUGGCGAUGAUGGUAAUUCAUUUUCUUCAUCCGGCCAUGGGCAAUCGUAUGGUCCGACAUUUACCACAGGCGAUAUUAUCGGCUGUUGUGUAAAUUUCGUCAAUAAUACAUGUUUCUAUACUAAGAAUGGCACUCAUUUGGGCAUUGCGUUUAGAGAUUUGCCGACAAAAUUAUAUCCCACAGUUGGUCUACAAACAUCCG